AUGGUUUCUUUUAUUCAGGGACUUCGUAGUAGGGAAAUCGGACGUAAUCCAAAAGAUGUGAAAGGUCACUAUGGAUGCGUUAAUGCUGUUGAAUUUUCUAACAGUGAAGAAUUGUGUGCGAGCGGUGGUGAUGACUGUGGCGUUUUGCUUUGGCGAGUUAGCGAUUUACAAACAGUUGAAGCACCAAAACCAGUUGCAACAAUGUCCGAGUUCCAUACCUCGAAUAUAUUCGCUCUCAUAGCCACAGAUAUAUGUUAUCUUUUUAGAGAAUUUCUGCGACUGCUACCUCCAUCGGAUCUGCUUCAAAGAGAUUCAGCCAUGUACGCUAGGUGGAAUGAUGCAGGUAAUGGAAUAUUCGCUACUCGGAGUCACUUUAGUCCGGUUUAUUAUGAUUUACAGCUUGAAAAUGGAAAUUAUGUUAACUUUGAUGAUCCAGGCUACAAAAAUGUAUGCACCGUGAAAUCAUGUUCAUUUAUUACGCAAGAUCUGGUUAUGACUGGAUCUGAUGAUUGGAAUAUUUAUAUCUGGAAGAUUCCUGCCGAAAGAGAAAAUUCAGCAUAUAAAAUAUUGAAGGGUCAUCGUUCAAUAGUUAAUCAUUGUCGAUAUAGCUCGAUUAAUAAAUUGAUAAUAUCUUCUGGCGUUGAAAAAAUUAUUAAGGUUAGCCCAAUCUUUUAUUGA